CCCAGGUUCAAGAAACAUUUGCCGAAUUUCGAUAUAAAUGACGGGUGGAUUGAGAACCCCGUACAAACGUUUCGGCUUCACUUGGGACAACCAGGUGUAGGAAUUUAACAUGGGCAUCUACUCCGUUGCGAUAGUAAUCGGUGCCCUAGCCGUGGGCGCUCACGCAGCUUGUUGCGACAAAAACCUCAUACAAGAUCUCAGCUUCAAACUGUCCGGAUACAAUGUGCUGUUUCCCUGUCCUAGCACUAAAAACAUUUACGCCUCAAGCGGUAGAUACAUACCCAAAAAUAUUAUCCCCACGAGGUUCCAGAUUCUCAACGAUUACGCCAUUGUCGCUUUAUCCAAGUUCCGCCCAGGAGUGCCUUUCACUCUGGCCAAGUUCUCCUUGAGGACCGAAGGUUGCGUGGCCAGUCUGGAACCUUACCCCUGUUGGAACAUACAAGAAGAAGGUAACUGCAAAGCUAUCCAAAACGCCGUGGACGUUGCCUUGGACGCUGCGAACAACCUAUGGGUUCUCGAUACUGGCAUCGUCAAUACUUUGGAACAGCCCGUUCGCAGGUGUGCUCCUAAACUUUGGGGCUUGAACACCGAAACAGGCGAAGUGAUCAAGUCGAUUAGCUUGGAGCAAUUCACAACCAACGAGAGCAAUCUGCAAUAUUUGAUCGUAGACAUCACAUCCAGCGGCAGCCCGGUAGCCUUCAUCUCUGACGCGGGAGCCGGUGCUUUGAUCGCAAUCAACUUACAAGCGGAAACUGGGUACCGUCUAGUGCUUCCGCCAGCGGUUUCCGAAGGUUGCGGCGUUAAAGACGUCCUCUACGUUCAGCUUGCGCGUAAAGAAAGCGGCAACGUUCUGUAUUUCACUUACCUCGGUUCGCCCAAACUGUUCUCCAUUAAAGCGGAAUAUUUAGAACAGGGUUCAGCCUGCGGGGCGGUAGUCGAGGUGGGCAGGAAACCUCCAGGUACGGGGUUGGUACUGUUGGGCACGGAUAACGGUGAGAACUUGUUCGUGAGAUUCAAGGGCCACAGCGACAUCUACGUGUGGAACACGUGUACCGAAUUUAGCAAGGACAAGUUUGUUCUUGUACAAGCGGGUGACGAUUGCAGGAUGGCAACUCAAGUGGUACCAGGGUACAGGAGGCUAAUGUGGACGCUUGAGAGUAACUUUCACGAUUUUGUUUGCGGACGCACUGGUUGCGUGGGCCCCUCGGUUGUUAUCCAUCCUCUUGUCAAAACCGAUCAUUAGGUGGACUUGUUGAUUGUCUGUGAUGCUUGUUAAUAAAAUUUUU